CCCUCCCUCCUCCCUCCCAACAAGGUUUAAGAUAGGUCUGCCUUCUAGCCACUUCUCCUUACCCUCCAGCCCCAAUGGAUGCAACUGCAGCUGGCGAGAAGAUGAGUAUAGCAGGAGAGAAAAAGCAGCAGAGGAAAUCUGGUACUUCCUUGUGGGGAGCCAUGGGGUGGAAGAGCAGAAGCCGGCCAGCAGGAGCAGGAGACAGCAAGAACAACAGGAGCGAGAGGGAGACGACGACGACGACGACGACGAGAAGAAGUGUCGGCAUCGGCAGGAGCAUGACCUGCCCAGGGUCAAUCUGCGGCACCAAGGAGAGCGCUGUGCUGAGCAGGGAAAGCUGCCGGAGUAGCGGCCGCAAUGUCUCCAGCAGUGGGUCUCUCAAGGCUCCGGACAAUGACGUCUUGUCCGUGCCCGUGGUGGCUCCCGGGGCGGUCGUGUCAGCGUCGUCGUCGUUCAACUCGGAGACCUCGGUUGCUACGACGGCGACCACCGCCAGCUCGUCAUCGUCGUCGUCGUCGCCGCUUUCGUCCAUUGUCGCCGGCUCCAGGUCAUUCAGGAAGCUCUCUGGCUGCUACUACGAGUGCCACUCGGUGCUCGACCCCAGGACAAGCCUCGUCGGCGGCGCCGGCAUGCUCCCCUGCUCCGACUGCGACGAGGUCUUCGUCAAAGCCGAGUCCCUCGAGCUCCACAGAUCAACCCACCAUGCAGUUUCCGAGCUUGGCGCCGAGGACACGAGCAGGAACGUGGUGGAGAUUAUCUUCCAGUCGAGCUGGCUCGUCGGGAAGCCGCGGGCGGCGCCGAUUUGCAGGAUCGAGAUGAUUCUGAAGGUGCACAGCUCCGGCAAGACCGUGGAGAGGUUCGAGCAGUACAGGGAGCGCGUCAAGGCGACUGCGGCGAGCAGCACCGAUGAGCUGGCCAGGAGGAGUUUCCCACGGUGCGCCGCCGACGGCAACGAGAUCCUGCGGUUCCACUGCACCACCUUCACGUGCUCCCUCGGUCUCGCCGGCGCCACCUCCCUCUGCCGGUCGUCUCCGCAGCACUGCAAACUGUGCAGCAUUAUCAGAGACGGCUUCAGGGUCGACGGCGAUGGGAAAAUUGCGACGAUGGCGACGAGCGGACGGGCUCACGACAAGGCGCAAACACCUCUGUCGGGCGGCGGCGGCGGCGGCGGCGAGAAGAGGGCGAUGCUGGUGUGCAGGGUGGUGGCAGGAAGAGUGAAGAAGCUCGUCAACAACAGCAAUUCUUCAGAGAAGUCUGGCUGUGACAGCGUCAGUUCCUGCUCAGAUUUGGAUGAACUAUCCGUCUUCAACCCAACGGCUAUACUGCCUUGCUUUGUAGUGAUGUACACAGUGGCUACUGCGACAUAACCACAUUGUCUGGUGUGGUGUGUAACAUAACUUUGCUGCUACUUUUGCUCCCUUAAUUCGCUUCUCUUUGUAGCAUCUCUGUUUCCUGUUGAUCAUCAGUUUAUGAUUCAAAUUUUCCUGUUGCAAA